AUGCCUCAGCCAUUAGCUGGACCUGCAUACCCUCAAUUGCAGCCCCCUUUUCAAAUGCAUGGUGUUAACUACAAUGAAAGGCUAUUAGAUGGGUUUCAAAACCAACAUGCAGAACGGGUUAAUCAAUGGCAUAAUAGACUAAGAGGGCAGGAGCAGGUUGAGGAUCAGGCAAUUCAGCAACAGGAGGGAUUACGGCUCCAAAGGCAGGAACAGCAGUUGGCUGAGGAUCAUAUUCACCAGGACAGAGAAGUUCAACGGCAGGAGGCAGUUAGGCGGCAGGUACAGCGACAGGCUCAGCAUGCUGACCUGCAAUAUGAAGAGCAAGUCUGUAGGGCACAGAGAGCCGCUCAAGAAGAGCUUGAAAGGAGGGAAGAUAAGUUAGCAGAUCAGGCUCACAGGGCUGCCAGGGAUGCUGUAGACCAAGGCGAGGACUUAAAUGAACUGGUAGCUGCCAGAAAUGCACCAAGGAUGCCAAGGCAUCAACGACUUGCAAACAAACAAAAUAUUGCCAAUCGCCGCCAAGCACAGGUGAUAUGCCAGGAGGCCCAACAACCAUAUGUAGAGCCUCUAUACUGUCAUACUUUACACAAUAUGGAAGUAGAGUGCCAUAAUUGUGGAGUGUUACACUGGGAUACUGAGAGUCUCACAAGUUCCUCCAGGAUCCAUCCAAAAUUUGGUGUGUGCUGCCUUCAAGGUCAAGUUAGGCUGGAUCCUUUCCAGGAAGCACCUGCUGCGCUACGCUGUCUAAUCCGUGGGGUUGACAUUACUGCACGAGAAUUCCGCGACAAAAAGCAAGCUUAUCAGAUCAUCAUGGAAAAGCCUGAAGUAGAACGUGCCAACAUAGCAGCCCAUAUAGCUCUUGAUCAAACUCUGGACCAACAUUGUUAUAAUCUUCCUACUACAGCGGAAGUUGCUGCUGUUAUCCCUGGAGAUGGAGAACAAGAUGUUGAUGAGCACCAUGAUAUUGUUUUGCGGCUGAAGUAA